ACUAAAGCGUGACUUCAGAAAAAAAAUGUAGGUUUAAAAUAAAAUGUAUGAAGCAGUCCAGUGGUAAUAACUUCCUUCUUUUUCGAAAAACAGAAAAGAACACAGGUCUGUUUAGAAAUCUAAAGGGAGAGUUUUGUUUUAAAAAGACAAAAAAACUUUUACAUUUGGUAAGAGAGGACCUAACUUUUCAGAAAGUGUGUUUUAUCAGAGUGGAGGCAAAGAUGUGUAAUCGUUCAUACAGAGAGUUGCUGUGGCCCGUAAAUGUUGUUCAGGUUCAUUGAGAGAGAGACAGACAGACAGACAGAAAAGAGGGCAACUGAGGGGGAAACUUUAUCUCGACCAGCGUGGUUCAAUCGAAUUUAAAAAAAAGCUGCCCGUUUCGUGUUCGCCCGGAAAUAAGCAAAAGGGUAUCAGUGAAAACUGCUCCAGCGAGAAGGUGGGUCGAUAGAGGAUCAAUAAUCAUUUACCAACAUAAUGUACACGGCAGCGAAUACCUUUCGAAGAUGUCAGGUACGGAGAAGCAGAUUAGACAGGCGGGAGAGGUCGGAGUAUUAGACCCAAUUAAAACGGACAAGUCGUGCCUCGUUGAGGGCUGGGGAUAUCACAGGUCAAAGCUUUUCCUGCAUUUUAACGGCUGCUUUAAGUACGAGAAACUACAGAGGGAAGAACUCAUCGCAGGCGUGCUUUCUAAAGAUAAGGGGCUGCUCAUGAGAAUGCCAGCGAUCAAGAAGGAGCGAGCCGACAGGGAGGGGGUCAUUCGGGGCUUGCUGGACGGUCUGCCCGAGUUCCUGGCCCCGUUGAACGCGGCGAGUGUGCCGGUGCUGAGCUCUCACCCGCCGCCCUAUGAGCACCUCUACAGCCCGGCGCGGCGCCCCUUCCUGGGGCUGCAGGAGGCGCGGCACCCGGAGGAGCUGCUGCUGGAACGCGUCUCGUCCAUCCCCGACUUCCAGCCCGUUUUCGACAACGGCCAGCCCUGCAUUGAGGUGGAGUGCGGAGAUAACAGAGCCCUGCUCUAUAUCCACAAACUGUGUCAGGGAAGCAAAGGACCUUCUAUUCGCUACAGGGGAGAGUGGUUGACGCCGAAUGAAUUUCAAUUCGUCAGCGGCAGAGAGACAGCUAAGGACUGGAAGCGGAGCAUUAGACACAAAGGAAAAAGUCUGAAAACGCUUAUGUCAAAAGGAGUGUUGCAGGUCCACCCUCCAAUCUGUGACUGCCCUGGGUGUCGAAUUUCGUCUCCAGUGAACCGGGGACGCUUGGCUGAAAAGAGGACAAUCCCUUUGCCACCAACAAGAGUACCUAAGAAAGAACUGACCUCGGCUUUUACAAAUAGUGAAGAUAGUAAAGAGAGCGAGAAAGCAAAUGGUGACCGCCCUCCUGAGGUAAAACAGGAAGAGGAAAUUCAGGCUAGCACAAUGAAAAGAAGAUUGGACGCUUAUGGCCAGCACACAGAGCAGAUUUUCAACCCAUCCGCCUGUACUGCAUUUGAAUUGCACCCAGAUCCCAGAGGUGAAAGUCGUGAGAGUGAUCUAUCGACUAUCAUCUCCAACUUGCACCAGAGCAGGCAGCUCGUUAUGCCAGAGGGUCAAAGUCGGAAUGAGAUAAAGAAAAAUGGCAUCGACCUACUCCCAGGACAGGCUGAUGAAAUUUUAGGAAAGCGAAGAGUAUGUUCACCAAACAACAACAGUGACUGUCCAGAAAUCAAGAGGCAAAGAAGUGAGUCUCCAAAGGAAAAGUGUCACACUCCCUUAAUUGAGGAUCAGAUUAUGCAGAUGACACCUGAAGAACACUACAGGCGAAUGAUGUCUGCAUUGAAUGAGCAUGGGACGUAUGAAGAGCAACAGCAACGCCUGUAUCAACUCGCCAACAGUAUGGGAGUCCCAGCACAUGGAGACCUUCUGAGGGCCCGGCAAGAAGCAGUUGCUGCCGUUCGGAACUCCAGUGCCAUGGAGCCUCACAUCCCAUCUUCAAGUAGUUCAUCGAGUCAGAGGAGAAAGCAGGGACUCCCCCAGCACAGAGAUGCACACUUUAACGAGAGGGAAAUGACGCACACAAACCCUUUGCUUUCACCCCAGAAUGCACCUCACAUUGCUUUGGGACCUCAUCUAAGGCCUCCAUUCCUAGGAGUUCAUUCAACCCUAUGCCAAACCCCAGGUUACGGAUUUUUGCAGCCGGCUCAGGCAGAAAUCUUUGCACGACAGCAGGAGAUGCUCCGGAAGCAGAACCUGGCAAGAAAUGUCCCAGUGAUCAGAUUGGCUGCUGCGAAAGAACACCAUGGGCUUGAGAUGUCCGCCGAGCUUCUGCGUCAGAAAGAGUUUGAGAACAUGCACAGGCAGCGAAUUCUCGGAGCCGACCCUUUGUCACUGCACUCCAGCUUGCCUCCGGACCACCCCGCCCUGCGCAGCAUCCACGACGUCCCCGAGGGCCACCCGCUGCGCGAGGAGAUCUCCCGCCGCAAUGCCAUGCUCGUGCUCCGGCACAACACGGCACCACUGCUGUCUCUCAACCAUGCCGUGCCGGGCAACGCGCCCCCCAAAGAGCCGGGGCGCAAGGGGACCCGGAAGGUGGCUCACCACCGGACGGAGGCGCAGUGCGUCGGCGAGGUCAAAGAUCACCUUGAGACCUGUGUCCGAGAUGGGAGCGCCGACUGCAAUGACGAGGAGAUGAAAGACUCGGAGAGUGAUCCUGAAGCGGGUGAUGACAAGCCCGAAAACCUGAAGACUGAGGUGAUCAGUUCAGUCCACGAACUCAAAGAGUGCAAAGAGACCGUAAAACCUUGCGAGAAUAUUAAGGAAAUGCACGAGGCUUCCACCGCUCAGAACCCCCCUUGUGUUUCUGUGGGCUCCGACUCUCCGAGCCAUCUGCUGGGUUCUGGAAUCGUUGAAAACAAGGCUAAAUACCUCCCGUCUGCUCCAGCUCCACUCCCUCAGCCCCUGCCGUUUGGAUUUCCAUACACAGCGAAUCCUUACUUUCACACAGUGGCGUCACAUUGGCUGUUUUCCAAUCUGCGGGAACCACCCCAGAGUCCAGUGAAUUUUGGCAGCAUUGGAAGUUUCUUAUUGGAUGGAGAGGAUGGUGCUACAGUUGAGGACAUUAGCAAAUGGACUGUUGACGAUGUCUGUAACUUCAUUAAUGGUCUCUCUGGCUGUGCGGAAUAUACACAGGUCUUCAGAGAGCAAGCCAUUGAUGGAGAGACAUUGCCUUUGUUAACGGAAGAGCACUUACUGAACACCAUGGGCCUGAAGCUGGGACCAGCCCUAAAAAUACGAGCACAGGUCGCCAAGAGGAUUGGGCGAGUGCUGUAUAUGGCCAGUUUCCCACUGCCGCUGGCACUGCCUCCUGCGGCGCUGAGGCCGCCUGAGAGAGACCUCGCUCCCACCGAGAACCGCCCCUCGUCCACCGGCAGCGUAGCCUCGCCAUACUGUGGCCUCCAAGUCAGCCGCAUCUCCCCGAAGCAAGAAAACGGCAGCGCCUCUGUGAUGGGAAUUGGGGAUCUCACCAAACCACAGUCUUGAAUGGGACCUUCGCUUCGGAGAGAAAGUCAAGUUGCUGUUAUUUGAAACCAAAGUAUUUAUCGGAUUGCCAACUUCAUGGGUUGACUGCAUUCCCUCUUUUUCUUUUUGGAAGAAAAAUACAACACUCCGGCUUUCUAAACAUGUUUGACAAAAAACAAAGUGCAGUCACGCACAUUCCUUUUUCUUUUCCCUUUAUCUUCGAGACUACAGUUUAUCCUGGAAAGCUAUUGAAAAGCUGCCGAGAACAGAACCUAUAAACUGACGGAGGAAGAAUACUAAAGCGACAGGAUGUUGGUUGAAUGGAGGAGUUGGUGAGGCUUUCUCAGCUCAUCGACAGGGGAGAGAGAAACCAGCCUCCGUUUCUGCUUCAAGCUGAAAGACACCCCCCCCCCCCCCCCAACCUUUGUUCGUUUCUCGGAACUGAGAGGGGGGAACAAAAAUAAAUAGAACUGUGCACUUGUACCAAAAAAAGAUUUCUAUAUCACAGACCUGGGAUUAAACAUGUAAAAAAAAUUCAUAAGCACUCAUUUUGACUUGUAAUGCUAGCGUCUAUGCAUUUGUCAAGUGCUAAACCAAAGAUAAUGGGUUGUUGGUCUGUGUUUACAAUACAUUUUGAAAUGGUACAAUGGGUUUUUUUUGUCUGCAGGACACAAUUUAAAAGUGCCUCACUGUAGAGGUUUAAUCACUACUCUAGCACACUUAAACAAAUUUGACAGGAUCACAACUGCACAGGUAUGAGAGUUUAGAGAGUGGUUUUUGAAAUGACCAGUUCAAGAUGAUAGCUAUUCAUUACCUGGACAGCAAGUUGUAUGAGCAAAACUAGUUACAAAGACAAUUUUGGUACUUAUUUUGUUUUUUUUUGUUGUUGUGUAGUUGCACGUUUUUGACUUUUUUGGGCUGGGUGGGAAUAGGGAAAAAGAAAUGUAAAAACUGCUAGGGGAAAGUUUCUCAUCCUUUUUCAUUGCUAUUCAAACCUUAAUUGCUGCUUUAAAGCAAUCAACAUAAGGAACAUUUAUGUUAUUUAUGGAAAUUCUGUUGGUAAGUCGAAUAUGUUUAGCACUAUAUAUAUGGUAAUAUUCAGCCCUAAAAGGGUGGUUUAAGAAUAAUUAAAAAAAAUCAAAAAAUUGUUGUUUCUUUAGCUGGUUUUGGCCAUACUGCAUCAAACUAUCAUUAAAUGUUUUGCAGUUGUAAACAAUGAGGAUAUGGUGAUUUGUAAAAUAAUUUUAGCCUAUUUGUUAAUUUGCUUUUCUCCUUGUCUUUCACUUUUAGUGAAAUAAAGCC